ACACCCGGCCCACAGCCCCGCACGCGAACCCUAGCACUCUCCCUGACCCUCUCCCUUGCAGCUGUCUCCCCAACCCACUCCAGAUCCAGAUCCGCCACCCACCUCCCUCUCCCCUCGCCGCCUCCCCUCCCCUCGCCGCCGCACCGCCCAACGUUGCUUGUGAGAUCCCCUUUGGUCGCGACGACGGGGAUGGACGCGGCGGCGACCACUGCCGACCUGCUCUCCGCGCUGGCGCCCUCCUGGAGCGCGGCGGUGGUGCUGGCCUCCUACCUCGCGUACCUCGCCGCCGCCGCCGCCCUCCUCCCCGGCAAGCUCGUCGCCGUCCUCCCCGACUCCUCCCGUCUCCACUACCGUUGCAAUGGUCUGCUCCCACUGCCGCUGCUCCUGGGGCUCUCCGCGCUUGGCGUCUACAUGGGCUGGAUGACUCCCACGGUGAGAUCCACGGUGGGGUUUCUUGCCUCCGCCCUCCCGCCCCACCACCGGCCCGUCCGCCAUGUCGAAGCAAGGAGGGAAGGCCAAGCCGCUCAAGCAGGCCAAGGUCGCCGAGAAGGACUACCACGAGCUGCAGCCCAGGGCGAAAAAAAAAAGAAACAACGCGAGGACGAGGGAAUCGAUCGCUCCAACUCCUUCCUGUCUCUUCGGUUCGCGAGCGCAUCGACUUGGCAAAAAAGGGGCUGGCAGUGGCGGCUGGCCUCGACGCUGAGCCAUAGACGGCUAGACGCAUGGCCGGCGGGGAGCGGACUCGAGGCUCCCAGGCAGUCUACUGAUCCGGUCGUCCAAUCGGCCCCUCCUUCCUCUCUUCCGGCUUCGGCUACAGCUUCGCGUAUGCUACAAGAAUUCAAGGUCGGGGUCGGGGGUUAGGGCUUAAAUUUGGGAGAAAAUCAUUGGGGUGAUCAUGAAUUCAUGAUUAGAGAAAAAACGUAAGAACUUGUUUUUUUUUUGAGAUUCAACUUGUAGUUGUAGUUGACGCAAGUGUAGUUGAUACAAAAUUGAUGCACGUAGUUCUGUACUACGCAAAAUAUAGAUGCAAGUAGUUAUGUACUAUGCAAAAUUGUAGCUCAUUUUCUUACUUGUGCUGUGUAGCAACUAACUUCAUUUUCUUAUUUGAUAUUUCCAUUGGUAUACAAACGUAUUGAGUUGGGAUUGAUAUUUCCGGUGCCCACGACAUCUGUUGAGAGAGCUUUUUAAGCAAUGAAGAUUAUCAAGAAUAAAGUGCGUAUCGCGGUCAAUAAUGAAUGGCUCAAUGACAUGAUGAUAUGUUACAUCGAGCGGGAGUUAUUCAAGUCAGUUGAUGAUAAGGAUGUUAUUCGAACAUUUAUUGCAAUGAUGACUCAAAAAGGGCAUUUGCCUUGUGAUUUUGUUUAGUUCAUCGUCGGUAUAUAUGUUCCAUCUGACCAUCUCUAUUACUGCAAGUUUUCUAUUUUAACAUAUCCACAUCUCACAACUUGAUUUCUUUCAAUUACAAAUCCAUUAUUUAUCUUGUAGUGUCUUCUAGGACUUUGGCAACAUGGCAAGUUUGCCUCUAUGAAAGACUGGUUAUAUGUCUUUCUUUUGGCAGAAAUGAACAACGAGAGAUGCUUUUGACCGUGGUGGAA